AUGGCUGCCCUACAAAUAGGAAUAAAACUCGAUGGUACGGAACCAAUGGUGCAUCACAGUCUUUUUACAACUCAAGGCAAAAUGAAGCUGUUCCUCCUACUUGUCAGUCUCGCCGUGGCCAACGCGGGGGUUCCCUACGAGCCAAUAGAAUUGAACUACCAUGAGAAUAUUGGUAUUCCAUUGGCUGAACGGCUUCGGCAGGCUGAGUUGGCUCAGGACUUCGAUGGCGGCAGGAUCGUAGGAGGAUCAGCGUCUGCCUUAGGGAACCAUCCACAUCUGGGUGGUCUCCUUAUUACACUUACGACUGGUGCACGGUCUAUCUGUGGAUCUUCUCUCGUCAGCCCCACCUGCGUCGUCACCGCCGCUCAUUGCUGGAGGACCCGACAGUCGCAGGGCAGAUCCGCGGAAGUCGUCUUUGCAUCACUCAAUCUCCUCUCUGGAGGCCAUCGCGUCACCUCAACCAACGUUCAGAUGCAUGCUAACUAUAAUAUGGACAAUUUGAAUAAUGAUAUUGCCAUAAUUGUUAUCCCAUGGGUCGGUUACACCAACAAUAUCCGCAACAUCGGUCUGGCUUCUGGCACCAACGCCUUCGUUGGAGUGAAUGCGGUCGCUGCCGGCUACGGAUUGACUGCUGAUUCUGGUGGCAGCAGUGGUCAACUACGCCAUGUUACUCUCCAAGUGAUCUCGAAUGCAGAUUGCCAACGCGUUUUUGGUCCAUCGAAUGUCAUUGCGUCCACUAUCUGUACCGACGGUAGUCAACGCCGCAGCACCUGCAGAGGUGAUUCUGGAGGCUCUCUCGUUGCCAACGGGCAAUUGAUCGGAAUAACGUCGUUUGGCUCCAUCUUUGGCUGCCAGGUCGGCCUACCCGCCGCCUACGCUCGUGUCACCUCCUUCAAUGCAUGGAUCAGUGCCCGCAUG